AUGGGUCAUAAUAAUCAUCAAAGAGGAAUCGACAAUAAGAACAAUGAUACCAUCAUCAUGGUAGCCUUAAAACCGUCUCAAUUACUGGACAAUCUCCGUCGCUUUAGGUAUCCACAAAAAUUUACUCUCAAUUCGAUAUGGCCCGCUAAUAGAAGGGCAGCUGUCCUUGUUCUUCUCUUUAUCGGGAAAAAAGGGGAACUUAGAGUAUUACUGACCAAACGAUCAAGGAAUUUGAGGAGUUUCUCAGGACAUGUAGCUUUACCAGGUGGUAAAGCAGACAAUAUCAGGGAAACUUUCGAAAAGGUCGCGAGACGUGAAGCUGAAGAGGAAAUCGGGCUACCACAAGAUCCUCAAGUAUUGGAACAAGAGUAUGGUAUGAAAUUAGAAGUAGUUACGACUGAGCUACCAUGCUACCUGUCACAGACAUACUUAAGUGUUAAACCUGUUGUCUGCUUUCUUCAUAACAGCAACUUGGAAUCGUUAGAUGAAAAAUACAGCAAGACCAUAAAUGGAUCAAAAUUCUUUGGAAAAUUGAACCCUGGAGAAACCUCCUCCAUGUUUUCCAUUCCAUUGUCUGAUUUAGUGUACAAUAUUGCCCAUACACCCCUUCAAACCACUUAUCAAUGUGAAUAUUCCAAGAGAGUCGAUUUAAUCAAAAGAUGGGGAGGCUUGAAAUGGUUUAUUAGCCAUUGUUAUUAUCCUGUUGUAAAUAGCAGUGAUAUGGUUUGGUUACAAAACAUUGAAGAUUUGAGUUCUAGUGAUGAAACUGAAGCAGUGCCUAAGUGUAGGGAUGUUUGGGGACUAACAGCCAAGAUUAUAUCCCAUAUCGCUCAUGUGGCAUAUGGUCUUCAACCCGAUAAAGAAUACAGCAUAGGGCACGAAUAUCUUAUAUAUGGUUUACAUGAACUUGGGGAGCAGAUGAAUACAAGGGAAAGAAAUGCAUGGGAAAAAGCCAUGAUCGUGGGAAAGAAGGGGUUUAAAUACAGUGAUGUUAUUCCAAAAUAUUACAUGGAAAAAAUUGGAGAUGAUCCAGUAUUUUGA